UCCGCGGUCACACUGUAGUCUACUAUGCAGUUCACAUUUCAAUGUAAAAAAAAGCGUUGCAAUUUUAGAAAUUCCAAUGCAGCGCCCUUUCCGGAGCAAGGUGAACACUAUCAUGGUGUCUUUACGGGACUCUCUGUGGAGAUAGCAGAUACUACCCAGGCAAAGUUGCUCCAUGACAGUGGCUGCUACGGAAAGGGCAGCAAGUCUCGGGGUGGACCGGCAUCGGGCGACGAAGACGAAACGCUGCUUCUUGGACUGGAGGAGUCUUGUUUUCUGGCCUUCUACUUGGAAGUACUCGACAUAAAGAACUUGUCCGGCACGAGUCUGGGCUGGGAAGAAUUUCUGAAAGCCGCUAAGGAUCUAAACGAAAGAUUUGUUGAAAAUUUGGCAUGCUACCUGUAUUUGAAAUCCAAGAAUUGGGUGAUCAAGAGUGGAAUCAAGUUUGGCGGAGACUUUCUUAUCUACAAGCAAAGUCCGCGGCAUUUCCAUGCCAGCUUUCUGGUCAUCGUGCAGACUCCCGCCGAUCUGGACUACUACCAGCCAAAGAACCUCAAGGGUGUCCAACGUGUGGCGGAAACGUCCGACAAAGAUGUACUCCUGCUCACAGUCGUUCGACCCAAGGAAGAUGACUCCAAAUUAGCCACACCCGAAGCGCUUAAGGACAUUUCCGUCACGGAAACAAUUGUUCGUCGCUUCAAUUAUUCAUCAUUCGUGCAAAGUAAACAAAAAUAAUAACAAAACUAA